AUGACUAAUAACAAAUUCAACACAGUGUCAAACUUGAUGGUGGUCUGUGUUGGCUCUACCACAGCAUUCUACAGCUUCUCCCAGAUGUACUUCUCCUUGGGCACUGUUGACUGUAAAAUACAAGGCUUUGCUGCCACAUUGGGGGGUUUGGUGAGCCUAUGGUCCCUGGUGGUUGUGGCCUUUGAACGAUACCUGGUCAUCUGCAAACCUCUGGGAAACUUCACCUUCAGAGGCACCCAUGCCAUCAUCGGUUGCAUCAUCACAUGGGUCUUUGGCUUGGUGGCUUCAGUACCACCCCUCUUUGGCUGGAGCAGGUAUAUUCCUGAGGGGCUGCAAUGUUCAUGUGGUCCUGACUGGUAUACAACAAACAACAAGUGGAACAAUGAGUCCUAUGUGCUGUUCCUCUUCUCCUUCUGCUUUGGAGCACCCCUGUCUGUCAUAGUCUUUUCUUAUGGUCGUCUUCUUCUAACUCUGCGGCCAGUUGCCAAGCAGCAGGAGCAGUCAGCCACAACACAGAAGGUUGAGCGAGAGGUGACCAAGAUGGUAGUGGUGAUGGUAAUGGGCUUCCUGGUGUGCUGGCUGCCAUAUGCUUCCUUUGCAUUGUGGGUAGUAAUGCACCGUGGGGAACCUUUUGAUGUUCAUCUGGCCUCCAUCCCUUCUGUCUUCUCCAAGGCUUCCUCUGUUUAUCACCCCAUCAUCUACGUCUUAAUGAACAAGCAGGUUAGCAUGGAUGGGAAGCAGCUAAAAUCAAGCUGCCUCUGCUGGCGGGGCGGGCCGCUUCUGUACAAACCCCGGGCUCACCCGGUGGUGCCUAGAGCCUUUUGCCUGAGGAGUCCUCCAUGGGGAACGGCGGUGGCCAUGGCGGUGGCGGAGACCAAGAUCAUCUACCAUCUGGAUGACCAGGAGACACUGUACCUGGUGAAGCUGCCCAUCCCGGCUGAGCGGGUGAUGCUGGGCGACUUCAAGGCGCUCCUCAACUGGUCCAGCUACAAGUUCUACUUCAAGUCUAUGGAUGAUGAUUUUGGGGAAGAAUCUGAUGAUGCAGAGAAUCAAAAUGGUACACACACCAGCGUGGGGCACAAUCUAACUGAAAUUAAUUCUGUAGGCUACUCUUGCAUAGCUCCCAUUAAUUUAAAUGGGGCUGUGACAGGAAAACUAUGUAUCUUAUUCUGCUGCUCUUAA